AUUCUGACUUCAGUUCAGCCGACGGUUUCAACCUGCCAGGUCGCGCAGGUGUUGGCAAAACGGUUGUUGCCAUCCACGGACCGAUUUCAUCCGCGGAUAUUCCCUCCGGGGAAACGAGUUCGCGGAAUAAGUUAGUCGGAGGAUUCGUGGAUAGACUCGACGAGGACCGGCUCAACGUCUCUUUCUCUCUCUCUCUCUCUCUCUCUCUCCCCCUGUAUUUUUCGCAAAGGGGGAAACGGUUUGCACCGGUGCCACGGCGGGAAAACGGGCGUGUGUUAAAAAGCCGUGUUGCCGCAGAAGGGCUGCGAUUUAUGGAACCACCCCAUGGAUAGUAACAUGUCGACUGCCGCCUUCAUGCACCGGUCGGGUGGUGCAUCCGGCACGGCGAGUGCCGGCAUGGUUCCAUCGACCGGUGGAGGUCCUGGGAAUCCAACGGGAGGCGGCAGGAUGGCCGUGAUCGGUGUGACCAGGAAUGUCAGACUGAGGCGGCGUGGAGCGUCCGGGUUCGGCUUCUCCCUGCGCGGUGGCAGGGAGUACGCGGCCGGAUUUUACGUGAGCGACGUGCAACCAGGUAGCGAGGCUCACAGAAAUGGAUUAAGGGUCGGCGAUCAGAUCAUAAGGGUGAACGGGUAUCCGGUCGAGGACGCUGUCCAUCAGGAAGUUGCGCUUCUGGCAAAAAAUCAGCAAGUGCUCGUUCUCAAGAUUCGAAGCGUGGGAAUGAUACCGGUGAAAGACAACCCGAACGAUCCGGUCACUUGGCACAUGGUGCAGCAGCAACAGCAGCAGCUACAGUACAACGAAACUGGUUUGGGUACCGUGCCGAGCACCGAAGUCAGGAUUCGAAUUCUCGUCGGCGAGAAGGGUCGCCUCGGGUGUGGCGUUUGCAGAGGCAUCGUGCCAGGCCUUACCGUUCAGGGUACGAGAGACGACGGGCCAGCGAGGGCAGCUGGUUUAAAAGCCGGCGACAUUAUAAUUUGGUGCAACGGUCAACGGCUCACCGAUCUUCCAUUCGAGAGAGCCAUCGAGGUGAUGAGAAGCUCCGCGGUUCUCGACCUGAUAGUGCAACGACCCACACCGAAUCACCUUUACGACUGCCCCGAACCACUCUGGACCCGCGGCUCGAGCGGUUACGACUCUGAAACGUCGAGCGUGGCUGCAGCCAGCCCGCAGCCGCAAAAUCCUUCCUACUCGCCCCAGCAUCACCACGAUCCAAGGAUGCACCAUCGAUAUCCUCGGGACGAUGCUUACAAUCGAAAUGGAAGGAUCUGUUGCCCGCUUGCCCUGUCCACCAGCAGUUGCAGUUCCGCGGAAUGGCCCCACAUGGAUCAGGCCCAAGAGUGGACACGUAAACCAAAUAACACGACGGUGAUCCGUAUAAAUCAGAGCCAGAACCAAAACCAUAGGUACCCGCCCGGUCGUUUGAAUUCGCGUGGAAAUUACGAAGACGACAUCGACAACGAGCCGCUCUACGACCCGGUGGCGCCGAGGAUCGAUUACGAGGUCCACGAUUUCGACGCCAAUCCGAGGGACGAAGCGAAUCGCCGCUUGGCUUAUCGAAGGGACAACGUUCGACAACAGGACGUCAUUUAUGAUGGACCGGCCGAUGACAUUCCUCCCUAUCAUGGAUCCAAAGAAAACGGCGCACAGGAAGGAGAUAGGAAAACGAUAACGACCGUGGAGAUCCACCAAACCGUCUGCCCACCGGCGCCACCGCCUCCUCUUCCUUACAAGUGGUCCGCAGAUACGAAGCCAAUGAACGCGAAGGGUAUGCAAAUGGGCAGCACGAUGUCGAUGGGCAGCACAGGCUCGACCGAGACCGAGUCCAGCCUCGAGUCUUCCUGCAGCAAGGACUCCGCCUCGACCUCCUCGUCCUUAUCGACGUCCUCCUGCGAGCCACCGUCGACCGUUUCGUACGGCUCGAUCACCGCCACCUCGGCCGGGACCAAUAAAACGAACGACACCACGGCCACGGCACACGCAACGUCCCGUAAUUGCGCCACAAGGACAUCUCCGAUCGCCUGCACCGAUCUCGGCACCGCCAUCACCCAGGAAUUGCAGAGGCGGGCGCAGCAGAGGAAUAUGAACAACGCCGCAAAAACGGAAGCAGCGAGGGAGAAGGCCGCGGAACCGCGGAAGCCGCAAAAUCCGGAAGCUCUGAGGGCGCAGGAACAGAAGGUUACUCACGAUAAGCUGAUGGAGGAGUUCAAACGUGCCCACCGAAAGAUGUUCAACAGCGCGCAGCAAAAAGUCCAUUUCUCAGAUCAGGUGGCGGAUCAGCAGGAGCAAGAAAAAAGGGUAUUGAACAACGCGACGUCGACGCCACCAACGAUACCAACACCGCCGACCAUACCUCCUGCGCCUCCUGCACCUCCGGCGCCCCCCGCGCCGCCCACGCCGCCGUCUGCGCCACCGGCUCCGCCGCCUCUUCCGCUUCCCUCCAAGCCCAAGUGCAGCGAGGAUUCCGUCGAGAUGCAGAGCAUAGAGUCGUUCAAAUUGAAAGAGACGCCGAACCCGGUGAUUCCAAAGCCUCCGCCGACCUACUUCCCUAUACAAAAUUCCGCGGCCGUGUCUAACGGAAGCCCGCGACACGGGGCCGGAAACAAGGCGCAAGUGAAUGGGAAAGAGUCGUCGAGUCCGGUAUCGGAGACGGCGAAAACACCUGCCCCUCCUCCGGUGGCCACGAACGCGCAAAAUGUGAAACCGUCGAGCGGAAAGGUGGCCAUUAGGAUAGGCGCGUACGAGGGGGAAGCGAAACAGCCGUCUAAACUCGACUUCCUGUCGCAGCAGCCUCGCGCAGACAGAAACGGCACGGACGAAUUGGCGAACGGACCAGUGGUCUCGAGAUUGCAGAACGAAUUGGCUGCCACGUUGCAAAGAUCGAACCUAAGAAGAAAGACUGACGGGGAAGUACAGCCAACCAUUAAACCGAUCCCCGAAAACACAGCGGUGUCAAACAACGAGGCAACCAACUCGGAGCCGGGAAAGUUGGGUCAGAGCAACGUCGAGAAGCUCGCGUCCGCUCUGAACAACAAAGUCACCAUCAAAGUGAACCCGGAGCAUAAUAAUCGAUAAAAGAAACAAAAAAAAAAAAAAAAAAAAAAGUUAGCUUUCGUUUAUAAAAUAAAAAGGAAAAAAAGAAAAAAAAAGGAAAAAAAAAAAAAUAAGUCGAAACAAGUCGUUUUUUAGGAGUCCACCAUGUACCUCUGCCACUUUGUACAUUUUUGCACGCUCUUUCAACUUACAUCGACUUUUUUAUUCUAGAUUGAAAAAGCGCUCCCCCUAUUGGCGAGCUUCUUUUUUACUUGUCUUUUAUCUGUAUGUCUUUUUUUAUAUGUUAUUUAUUAUCGUACCGUAGCGAGUAAGGAGUAAAAAAAGAAAAAAAAAAGAAAAAAAAGAAAAAAAAAGGAAAGAAAAAAGAAAAAAGGAAAAAAAAAUAUAAAAAAAAAUAAAGCUAAAGUACUCUUAAUUAACCGAAACGACAGGCACUGCGACACCUUUUACCACGUAGGCCCGAGUCUAUUAAAAGAAACUUAGUCCCCUCCGUCGCCGACUAAUGUACAGGUCGCGAGACUCGAUGGAGGCAUUGAACUGAAAAAUAAAAACGAUGAUAACCAAUGGAA